CCAUGGAAACUUGUUUCAAGGUCCAUUUCAUCCUCGAAAAUUACGAUGACAGGAAAAACAUACGCGUUUACUCCGCUGUGAUCUCGACUGCUUUCCUGAGGAAGCUUUCCCACCCGAACAAAAAGCCUUUCUCUCCAGACUCUACGCGUUUCGAUAUUCGUUAUACAACUCUACCUUACCGACCGAAAUCGACGUUUCCUUCACGCCUUGUGGGGGUGCUUCUCGAUUCAUAGAACAUCCCAGCGACACGGGAGUCGAGAGCCUACUACAUCCAUUUUGAU